GUCGGGUUGGGUCGGGGUCGGGGUCCGGUCGGGGUCCGGGCCUGGAUCGGGGGCGGGGUCCGCGUGCGGCUCCUCUAGCCCCGAACCCGUGUGCCCCGUAAGCUCUUGGUUUCUGAGGGGCGGAGGAAUGGCGACUGGAGCCACCCGUCACCCUCAGGGAGCCGGGAGGGCCGGCAGCUCCCGCGGGCCGGGUUUCCCGUGUGGGUGCGAGGACGCGUGGGGCCGCCCUGUGCCCGAGGAACACUCACCAGCAUCCCUGGCCUCCACCUCCCUCUCGCGUCAGUGGCACUCCCGGUUGACACAACUGAGAAUGUCCCCUGGGCACAGUGGCCCGGGUUGAGAAGCCCUGCAGUGGGCGGUAGCGUGGGGGUCCGAGCGGAGGAGCGAACUCUGGGUGGAAACCGGCAGGCACUGGAGGGGAAGGAGGCGGGACAGGGUUGGGUGGGACCAGGGGUGAGGGGUGUAGGGUCCCGAGGCGCUCACCGAGGAGCUUCCUGAGCGUGUGUGGAUUAUUUCCUUGCCCCAAGCUGAGUCCUGUGUCCAUGCCACAGGUCGCCUUCCCGUGACGCCCAGAUCUGUCCUGCAGGAUGGAGCCAGCACCCUCAGGGGUUCGACUCGCCGUCCGGGAAGCCAUUCACUCCCUCUCGUCUUCGGAGGAUGGCGGCCACAUCUUCUGCACCCUGGAGUCCCUGAAGCGGUAUCUUGGUGACAUGGAGCCUCCAGCGCUCCCGAGAGAGAAGGAGGAAUUUGCCUCAGCCCACUUCUCGCCUGUCCUCAGAUGUCUUGCCGGCAGGCUGAGCCCGGCCUGGCUGGAGCUGCUGCCCGACGGCCGCCUGGAGGAGCUGUGGGCCAGCUUCUUCCUGGAGGGCCCGGCGGACCAAGCCUUCCUGGUGCUGAUGGAGACCAUCGAGGGUGCUGUGGGCCCCAGCUUCCGGCUGAUGAAGAUGGCGCGGCUGCUGGCCAGGUUUCUGCGCGAGGGCCGGCUGGCAGUGCUGAUGGAGGCGCAGUGUCGGCAGCAGACGCAGCCCGGCUUCACCCUGCUCCGGGAGACGCUGCUGGGCAAGGUGGUGGCCCUGCCCGAUCACCUGGGCAACCGCCUGCAGCAGGAGAACUUGGCCGAGUUCUUCCCCCAGAACUACUUCCGCCUGCUCGGCGAGGAGGUCGCCCGGGUGCUGCAGGCGGUUGUGGACUCUCUCCAAGGUGGCCUGGAUUCCUCCGUGUCCUUCGUGUCUCAGGUCCUCGGGAAAGCCUGUGUCCACGGGAGGCAGGAGGAGAUCCUGGGCGUGCUGGUGCCCCAGCUGGCAGCGCUCACCCAGGGUAGCUACCUGCACCAGCGCGUUUGCUGGCGUCUGGUGGAGCAAGUGCCGGACCGGGCCAUGGAGGCGGUGCUGACCGGGCUGGUGGAGGCUGCGCCGGGGCCUGAGGUCCUGUCACGACUACUGGGGAACCUGGUGGUGAAGAACAAGAAGGCCCAGUUUGUGAUGACCCGGAAGCUUCUGUUCUUACAGUCCAGGCUCACGACGCCCAUGCUGCAGAGCCUGCUGGGCCAUCUGGCCAUGGACAGGCAGCGGCGCCCGCUCCUGCUGCAGGUGCUGAAGGAGCUGUUGGAGACGUGGGGCAGCAGCAGUGCCAUCCGCCACACCCCCCUGCCGCAGCAGCACCACAUCAGCAAGGCCGUCCUCAUCUGCCUGGCGCACCUCGGGGAGCCAGAGCUGCAGGACAGCCGGAAUGAACUGCUGGCCAGCAUGAUGGCGGGCGUCAAGUGCCGCCUGGACAGUAGCCUGCCCCCCGUGCGACGUCUGGGCAUGAUUGUGGCUGAGGUCGUUAGUGCCCGGAUCCACCCCGAGGGGCCUCCCCUGAAAUUCCAGUACGAAGAGGAUGAGCUGAGCCUCGAGCUGCUGGCCUUGGCUUCCCCCCAGCCUGCGGGUGAUGGCGCUUCGGAGGCGGGCACAUCCCUCGCUCCAGCCGCAGCAGAGCCCCCUGCAGAGACCCCCGCAGAGAUCGUGGAUGGCGGCGUCCCCCAAGCACAGCUGGCGGGCUCUGACUCGGAUCUGGACAGCGAUGAUGAGUUUGUUCCCUAUGACAUGUCGGGGGACAGAGAGCUGAAGAGCAGCAAGGCUCCUGCGUAUGUCCGGGACUGCGUGGAAGCCCUGACCACGUCUGAGGACGUAGAGCGCUGGGAGGCGGCCCUGCGGGCCCUUGAGGGCCUGGUCUACAGGAGCCCCACGGCCACUCGGGAGGUGAGCGUGGAGCUGGCCAAGGUGCUUCUGCAUCUGGAGGAGAAGACCUGUGUGGUGGGAUUUGCGGGGCUGCGCCAGAGAGCCCUGGUGGCUGUCACGGUUGCAGACCCGGCCCAGGUGGCCGACUAUCUGACCUCGCAGUUCUAUGCCCUCAACUACAGCCUCCGGCAGCGCAUGGACGUCCUGGACGUGCUGACUCUGGCUGCCCAGGAGCUGUCUAGGCCUGGGUGCCUCGGGAGGACUCCCCAACCUGGCUCCCCAAGUCCCAACACGCAGUUCCUGCCGGAGGCAGCCGCCUCUCAGCCUGGCAGUGCCGUGGCGUCCGACUGGCGGGUGGUGGUGGAGGAGCGGAUCAGAAGUAAGACCCGGCGGCUCUCCAAGGGUGGCCCGAGGCAGGGCCCAGCAGGCAGCCCCAGCAGAUUCAGCUCCGUGGCCGGCCACUUCUUCUUCCCCCUCCUUCAGCGCUUUGACAGGCCUCUGGUGACCUUCGACCUCUUGGGAGAAGACCAGCUGGUUCUCGGAAGGCUGACGCACACCUUAGGGGCCCUGAUGUGCCUGGCUGUUAACACCACGGUGGCUGUGGCCAUGGGCAAGGCCCUGCUGGAAUUCGUGUGGGCCCUUCGCUUCCACGUCGACGCCUACGUGCGCCAGGGUCUGCUGUCAGCCGUCUCCUCUGUCCUGCUCAGCGUGCCUGCUGCACGCCUGCUGGAGGACCUGCCGGACGAGCUGCUGGAAGCCCGGUCCUGGCUGGCAGAUGUGGCCGAGAAAGACCCGGACGAGGACUGCAGGACACUGGCACUGAGGGCCCUGCUGCUUCUGCAGAGACUCAAGAACAGGCUCCUCCCACCCGCGUCUCCCUAGUCCCUGGAGGCCUCCCCAGGACCACCCCCACUGGCGGCAAGGCAGGCAGCCGAGCAUCGGCCGGGAGCAGCGGAGCCAGGCUUUGUAGCGAGGCCAGGUCUGCGGCGACAUCCGGUACGGAGAGUGCAGAUGCAGGAAGGCCCGGCCUGCCGCUAUUUAUAGUGCAGCAAGUCUGCUAAAAAUACACUGGGCCUGGGCACUGCCCGCUGGGACAUGGCAGCCUGGACGUGGGGCUGGGGCUGUGGGCGCUGCUGGCGGGGUUGACUCCAGUGAGGGCAGAAGCAGGCUGGCAGGAGGGGAGGAUGGUGUACCUGCUGCUCAGAGCCCCCAAGGCUCUCCUCUGAGAGCCACCAAGCAGGACGGAGCAGCUCUCGUCCCAGGUCCCUCAGGCUGAGCGCCGUGUCAGCAGGAGAAUGGUGCUCACAGCCCAGGCCGGGUGUGUGGCUCUGGAUGGGCUCGUGGGGCGGGAUGGGACAGGGCACGGGCUCUCAGAAAAUAAACUACUUUAUUGGAA